AUGCCUGGAUGCCCAAACCAAAGUGCACAAUAUGACUUCCAUAUUUUGGCAUUCACAACUUCUCCAGUUGGACAACUUUUCAUCUUCAUUGGAGGCUUUUUGUUGUAUCUGAUGACCAUACUUGGAAAUGUUGCUAUUUUUACACUUGUCUUUACAGCACCCAAAUUGCACACCCCAAUGUAUUUCUUUCUUUGCAACAUUUCCGUCUUAGAUGUAGCAUCCACCUCGAACUUCAUCCCAAAAUUACUUAUGAUUUUAAUUACUCAAGAUCACAAAAUUUCCCUUUAUGGUUGCAUAAUUCAGCUAUUUUUCUUUGUGUUUUGUGCUGUUAGCGAGCUCUUAACCCUGACAUCAAUGGCGUAUGACCGUUAUCUCGCCAUAUGUAAACCUCUGCAAUAUUACCUAAUCAUGAGCAAGACAUUGUGCAUGUCACUGAUUGUGUUUUCUUUGCUUACUGGAGCUUUAAACUCAUUGGUGCAUGCCAUACUCACGUCUCUAUUAUUUUUUUGCACUUCUCGUGAUAUCAACAAUUUGUUUUGUGAGCUUAACUCACUGAUUUCACUUUCGACUAGUGACACUAACAGCAGGAAGCUUCUAAUCGUUUUUGAUGACAUCAUAUUGGCCUUCAUACCAUUUGUACUUAUCAUUGCCUCCUAUGUUUUUAUCAUUUCCAAUGUUUUAAAGAUCAAGUCAAGGCAUGGACGUCUCAAGGCUUUCUCCAGUUGCACCUCUCACCUUAUCACAGUUGUGUUAUUCUGUGGCCCGAGCAUUUUUCUAUACAUAAAGGAAGAAUUUGAACAUGCCAAAGACCAAGACAAGUUGCUCCCAUUACUUUUUCUUGUUGUAGUCCCAAUGUUAAAUCCUCUGGUGUACAGUUUAAGAAAUAAAGAUAUUUGGGAAGCCACUGCAGCACUAAGAAACUACAAAAAGAAAAUGUUCUAG